AUGGCUACUGAAAAAAUUUCAUUCUUAUUAAACUGGCAACCAACUCCUUAUCACAUUCCAAUUUACAUUGCUCAAUUGAAAGGUUACUUCAAGGAUGCUGGGGUUGAUAUCUCGAUCUUAGAACCUUCUAACCCUUCUGAUGUAACUGAAUUGAUUGGUUCAGGUAAAAUUGAUAUGGGAUUGAAAGCUAUGGUUCACACCUUGGCUGCUAAGGCAAGAGGGUUCCCAGUUACUUCUGUUGCUUCCCUUUUGGAUGAACCAUUCACUGGUGUAUUGUAUUUGGAAGGAUCUGGUAUCACUCCUGAUUUCCAUUCUUUGAAAGGUAAAAGAAUUGGUUACGUUGGUGAAUUUGGUAAGAUUCAAAUUGAUGAAUUAACGAAACAUUAUGGUAUGACUCCUGAUGACUACACUGCUGUUAGAUGUGGUAUGAAUGUUGCUAAGUACAUCAUUGAAGGUAAAAUCGAUGCUGGUAUUGGUAUCGAAUGUAUUCAACAAGUUGAAUUAGAAGAUUACUUGAAAAAACAAGGUAGACCAAUUUCUGAUGCUAAGAUGUUAAGAAUCGAUAAAUUAGCUGAAUUAGGUUGCUGCUGUUUCUGUACUAUCUUAUACAUUUGUAAUGAUAAGUUUUUGGAAGCAAACCCUGAAAAAGUUAGGAAAUUUUUGGUUGCAAUUAAAAGAGCUACUGAUUAUAUCUUAUCCAAUCCAAAACAAGCUUGGGAAGAAUAUUCCGAUUUCAAACCUCAAAUGACUUCUCAAUUGAAUCAAAAAAUGUUUGAAAGAUGCUUUGCUUACUUUUCUGAAUCAUUAUACAAUGUCCAUCGUGAUUGGAGAAAAGUUACUGCUUACGGUAAGAGAUUGGAAAUAUUACCUCAAGAUUAUCAAUCUAACUACUCUAAUGAAUACUUAUCUUGGCCAGAACCAAAAGAAGUUGAUGAUCCAACCAAGGCUCAAGAAAUGAUGCUCGCUCACCAAGAAGAAUGUAAAGCUUGUGGGGGCUAUAGAAGAUUGGCCGUAUAG